UUAAGAAGGAGAUUAUGGAUCGUGUUUGGAAACUGUUUGAUCCCAACGGAGGCGACAUUGUCACUCGAGCUAUGUUCAAGAAAAGUGAGUAUUCUAUAUUUGAUGCCCAGGUUCAUUGUUUAGGAUGUCCCGACUCACGCUGAAUUUCGCACUAGCAAUCGUGGAUAUGGUAAAUCUCCGCAAGAGCUUCACUUCGACACACAAGACAUUCGAAAACGCCAUGGCCAGGCUCAACAUGCUGUUCAAUAUCAUCGUUCUCCUAUUUGUUAUCGUGGCCUUCUUGAUUGCCUACGAUGUUGGAGUGCAGCAAUAUGCUGUUAGCGUGUCGUCCCUGGUUGUUGGAGGCGCAUUUGUUACAGGAACAUCUGCAAAAAACGCGUUUGAGUCCAUGGUCUUUAUUUUCGUCAUGCGCCCAUUUGAUGUGGGUGAUAGGAUUGAGCUCGAGGGCUCGCACUAUACGAUCAUGACAAUACAUAUUCUUACUACAGAGAUGAAGCGAGGAGAUGGAAUGCGUGUCCUGUCGCCAAAUUAUAUCCUUGCAACGCGUCACAUAAAUAACCUAAGUCGAUCAGACGAUCACAUCGACAGUUUCUGGAUGGAUAUCCCUCUUUUCAGUUCCGGUCGCACCAUCCAGAGACUAAAGCAAAAGAUCCAAGCCUUUUGUGAGGGCGAAGCUGUCAAUGACUUCCAUAAAAUCGAUGUGGUCCUCAAUACGACCAACAACCACACAAAGGACGGAACCAGCAAAGCAUGUCUCCAGGUCCUCUUCCGAGCUCAUCAUCGCUGUCGUUGGGUCGAUCGGGACUAUGGCCCGCGAAAGCUUAAGGCGAUUCUCUUUCUGCGGGCAACCUUCCUUUUCCCAACGGAUUUCAAUUUCAGCGAUAAAGACCUGGCCUCGCAAAUGUUAGAUAGAAGGAAAAUGUAUGUAUCACCACCGCCUUUAAAGAAUUCGUUACUGUAAAAUCAUCAAUGAUAUCCGCAAGGCUUUAUAUGUCAAAGGACAGUGUGCUUAUAGUUCCACAAUCUGACAUCGACAGCUACGGUCAAGCUGCUACGGAGCCAUUGAGUGCGCCUACUCAUGUGUUUGAUGUUACUGUUCCUAGCACUGCCGCGCCUUGUGCUUGUUGAGCUGUCACGGAUCCAUUUGUCGGUCCUACCGCCACAUCUCCAUGUGUCUGUCCUUGUGCUGUAGAAGGCUGGGAAGAUGAUGCUAUUUCG